CUCGCGUCCCAGCGCCGUCUAAGAUUAUCAUGGCGGAAGUUUCGUCGUCGGCUGCUACGACCGUAAAUGUUGUGAAAGAUAUCACCGAGAUCUAUUCGCGCCUCUUUGAUCACAAGCCAUUUCUGCAAGGAGAAAUAAAGUUUUUCGUUAAGGAGUUUGAGGAAAAGCGUGGUGACCGUGAGGUGCAGAAGCUGUUUGAGAUGCUUGAAGAUGUAACUGAGGUACGGGAGACGCAAAUCGACCGGGCGUGUCGUGCCUCGGACCAGGGACUGUGCAGCCUCGCAGGCAACCUUGAAGUGGCACUCAGCAUGUGCCACCGUAUCCUCGAGGCCGAGGACAAGGUCAACUCCGCUGAUGACCUAUCAGAACGGCGAAAGCAGCGACAGUGCGAGUGGGACCAGUUUGAGCAAGACGUCAAGGACAAGUUGGCCAGAAUGGACCAGGCCUUUGAGGAAAAAGAGCGUGAACUCAUUGACCACUACCGUCGUAUUCGUGAGAAGUUGCAGCCACCGCACAAGAGCGAAUAGCAGCCGAAUCGGCUCCGGCCCAUUUCAGCCAAAGGUCGUGGAGAUGAGCUGCAUCGUGUGCAACAAAAGCCCUUCGAUGGUUGGACAGUGGGACCUUUCUUGGCUCAUUCCGACAGACUGUUGUACGCGCACUAGUUUGUGGUGCUAACCUUACAGAUGACACACUUCUUGAGAGUAAGCGAACUUAGUUUGCUUGUUAUUGGCUACUGUCAAGAAGAAACGCAUUCCCCCUCACCAAAGGACAUUGUAAGUUCCGGGAAGAUGGGAUCACUGGUCUUCCUAUGCUGACUAAAUAGAUAGCGGUAUUGCGUUAUCUGUUUACCCUUUCCACAUGUAGGAUAUCAAAGUGGGAAAAGCUUAGCUCACCAACCUUGCUGUCUCGUUUGAUUGCACAUUGCUUUCUGACAGUUUUCAACAAAUUAAUCUCUAUUCUGUGGUAACAAAUUGCAAGUUUAGAGUUGUGUAUAUAAAGAGUAUAUAUACAUAGUACUAUAUUCUUUUUUAUUGAAUAAAUUAUUACUAAGGAACCCCA